AUGUCUGAGGCUGGCGACGUAGCCACGCCCAUCCAGCGUCCCACGCGCAAGUCGCAGCGCUCGUCGGGCGGAUCAGGCGGCGGCGGCGUGGGCAGGACGACGGCGGCGGAUGAGUAUUUCCCAGAUGCCAAGCACAAGUUCAAGAGCUACCGGCUGCGUGGCGAGUACGAGAAGCCAUGGCUCGGCGACCCGGCGCUGAAGAAGACGCGAUGGAACAAUUGGAUCGUCGGUGUCUUCAUGUUGCUGGGACUGUGUGGCGCGGGUGCCAUUGCCUUUUGGACCGUGUGGCCUUUCCGGCAGGGCGAGUACUGCCUCAUCUAUGAAGAUGACUUUCAAAAGCUGGACCUCGACAUCUGGUCACACGAGGUGCAGCUCGACGGCUUCGGCACGGGGUCCUUUGACUGGACGACCGUGGAGCCGGAGAACACGUACGUCGACGAGCAGGGUCUUCACAUUGUGCCGACCCUGACCAACGAGACGACCAAGAUCACGACGGACCAGAUGUACGCCAACUACACGCUCGACCUGUUCAAGGACGGGUCGUGCACGUCGCAGCGCAACAGCUCGUGCCGCAUCCGCUCCGACCCGGAGGAGGGCGACAUGAUCCCCCCGGUCCGCUCCGCGCGCCUGUCCACCAAGGGCAAGAAGAGUAUCCGCUACGGGCGCGUCGAGGUCGAGGCCAAGCUGCCCAAGGGCGACUGGAUCUGGCCCGCCAUCUGGAUGAUGCCCGAGGACAGCGUCUACGGGCAGUGGCCUCGGAGUGGUGAGAUUGACAUUAUGGAGUCGCGCGGCAACAGCCGUGGCUACGACGAGGGCGGCCGCAACCACUACUACGGCACGCUGCACUGGGGUCCCACCAGCGCCACAGACGCCUACUGGCGCACGACCAACGCCAAGAAGGUUCGCCGCGGCGACUACUCGGACGGCUUCCACACGUUUGGCAUGCAGUGGACCGAAAACUACAUCUACUUUUACAUUGACUCGCGCGUGCACCAGAUCCUCUUCAUCGGCUUCAAGGAGAGCAAGCCGCUCUACGACCUGGGCGAGUUCAGCAAGAUGGCCGAGAACCAGACGCUGCUCGCCAAUCCGUGGGCGCAGAGCGAGAGCACGUCUGGGAAUGCGCCGUUUGACCAGAACUUCUACCUGAUCCUGAACGUGGCCGUCGGCUCGCGCAACGGCUGGUUCCUUGACAAUGUAGGUGGGAAGCCAUGGAUCGACGACGCGACCAAUGCGCAGUGGUCGUUCUGGAACGCGGCGGACGACUGGCUGCCGACCUGGGGCGAGGGCGACAAGCGCGGCAUGACGGUCCGCAAGGUGAAGAUGUGGCAGGAGGGUGCGUGUGGCGCGCAGGAACUUUGA